UUCUUCUUUCUUUCUUUUUUUUUUUUUUUGAGACAGAGUUUUGCUCUUGUAGCCCAGGCUGGAGUACAGUGGUGUGAUCUUGGAUCACUGCAACCUCAGCCUCCUGGGUUCAAAUGAUUCUACUGCUUCAGCCUCUCAAGUAGGUGGGAUUACAGGUGCCUGCCACCACACACCCGGCUAAUUUUUGUAUUUUUAGUAGAGACAGGGUUUCACCACAUUGGCCAGGCUGGUCUCGAACUUCUGACCUCAGGUGAUCUGCCUGCCAAAGUGCUGGGAUUACAGGUGUGAGCCACUGUGCCCGGCUGACACUGCCUUUUCAUAAGGGAUUAGCUGCAGUAUGGUUUACAGUUGUCUUCAGGCGGGCAUUCGGUGGAAACAGUGGCUACUUGCUAUAAGUCUCGGUUUUAUAGCAUGGUAAAUUGUUGCAGUAACAGCCCCCAAUUUUUUCAUGCCCUUUGUAUCCAUGGGCUUACCUGGUCUUUUACUAUACUGACUUUUGGCUUGGCCAAGGAACUUGUUUUGGCCAUGGGACAAUAGCAAACGUGUUGCAGGCAGGGACUUGAAAAGUACUUAUGCAUUGGGGCUUGUCUUCCUUUGCUACUUUUGCAACACUGAGACCACCAUGUGAAGACCCUAGGCCAGACUGCUGGGGCAUGAGGGACCACAUGGAGCCAAGGUAAGCAGUCCCUGCUGAGGCUCCCUUCAAACAAACUGUGGUGACAGUUUGCUGUCACCACACCUGUGAAUGAGGCCAUCCCAGAUCACCCUGCUCCAGCCACGCCACCGGCAGAUGGUUAUCAGUGCUCUGCCCAGACUAAAAGAACUGCAUGGCCAGUCCCCAGAAUUAUAAGCAAAUAUAAUGGUUGCUAUUUUAAGCCAGUAAGUUUUGGGAACUUGAUACAAAGCAAAAUCUAACUGAUACAAUAAACAGGAAAUGCCUUGCAUCUUCACCAGGAAAUUCUAAGCCAGGAUCUAGAUCUCAGUAUCUUCAUCUGUAAGCACGACAUGAAAAUCUCCAUCUUGUCUAUGUUCUUUAAUAUGUGGAGUGCUUUUUGGGAAAGCAGCUAUAUUUAGUUUCAGAUUUAAAUAUGUUAGGUUAACCAGAUGGCUGGGAUCGUGUAACUGCCUGACUGCUUCUAGUCUGCACUGCUGACAUCUCCACCUAUCUGUGACUUUUCAUUUGCUGAACAGUGGGAACAUCCACCGUUUCCCCUUGAUACUCUCUGGGGUCUGCACCCUCCCACUUCUGACUCUCCUCUGAUAGCCUCUAGCAUGGUCAGCAUUUCCAUUAUUUCUACUUGUGCUAGGGACUAGUCUGGUGUGAUCACAGCCCUACGGGUGUAUGUACACAGCCUGGCCAGAGGAACACUGAAUCCCAGGAUACCUUCUUUUGGAGCCCAUUUCACUAGAAAACUUGAAGAUAAUGAUCAUACUUUAGUCUUGGUUUUUUUAAAUGGCUAAAUAAUGAUGACAGAAUCCAAAAUUCACAUGGAUUUGAAGAAGUUUGCAGCUGAAGCUAGGAUCCCAAGGAGUAGGGGUGUGUGUGUGUGUGUACACGUGCAUGUGCCUGUGUCCAACAUGGGAAGUGGAGUGCGUGGUUCUGCUGCUGUAGGUGUUUCUUUGCUGGGGACACUUCAGUGGAAGAGACUGAAAGGAGCCCUAAUGUGGUGUAAAGGAUGAGGCUCUAGAGAUGGGCAGAUCUGUGUUCAAUUCCUAGCUCUGCUGCUUAUUUUCUGUGUGUCUUGACAACUGGCUCCACUUCUCUGAGCUGCAGGAUCCUGCUUUUUAAAUAAGACUGAAGAUAAGAGACAAAAGAGCAGGUGGCAGUGGGGAGCAAAUCUCACGACAGGCAGAGCCCUGCUGUUGAGCAGAUAUGUACUAUGUCUGACUUCCACACUCAGGAAGAAUCACACAGACACCUAUACCACAAUCUAAACACAAGGAGUUGCCCUUUUCCUUGAACUAUUGCUUCUACUCCAUGCUAUGGCUCUGCUUUCAAAUCCUGGCCACUGGCCCCUCCCCUACUCACUGGCCCCAUCCCAUCCAUCAGGGUAGGCAGCCACGUCUGCAACCAUGUUCAUGGCUCCUCUGCCACUGUGAGCCUUCCUGGGGGCUGACUCAGCUGUUGUGUCCCUGCCUUGCCCUAGGUUUUCCAGCCUGGAACAUCUGCCUCAGCUUCUGUUGGGCCCCACCCCAAGAAGAUGAGGUACCAGCCAACUGGCUCUUUCUGGCACUGUGGUUCAAUCUCCAGCCUGAGUUUUCCAGAGCUCCCUCUCCCCCUUUCCAUCUUCAGGUAGGUAGGAGGCUCCUGCAGCCACUCAAGAAGUCACGCAGUCCUUGGUUCCCUUCCUGCCAUCUUCCUGCACUUCUUUCCAUAGGAGCUCUGCUCCUACCCCUGGGGUCUACAACAGCUCCUCAAGACAUCUGGUGAGACUCAUACAAGUCAUGCCAGGUGACAGCCAGGAUUCUGAGCCCAGAGCAGAACCCCCACAGCCUGCUUGCUCACAGCCCUAAAAAUAAGAUCCACAGGAAGAGUCCCUGCUUCACCAGCAGGGUGAGGUGCUAUAGGAUUACAGCUCCCACAUCUUCUAAUCCCCAAACAUCUCUCAAGUCCCAUCACCUUCUGUGGAAAAGAUGCUCUUGGCUCAAUAUGGCAUCAUGACCAAAUCCAAUUCCCACAAAUAAUUCCAUGUAAACAACUGUUAUAUGUCCAGGCUGAACAUAAAAUAGUUGUCAGUCAGGCGGCAGGCGCCAUGUCCGGCUGCGAAGGUGGCAAGAAGAAGCCACUGAAACAGCCCAAGAAGCAGGCCAAGGAGAUGGACGAGGAAGAUAAGGCUUUCAAGCAGAAACAAAAAGAGGAGCAGAAGAAACUCGAGGAGCUAAAAGUGAAGGCCGCGGGGAAGGGGCCCUUAGCCACAGGUGGAAUUAAGAAAUCUGGCAAAAAGUAACCUGUUCCUUGUGCCUGAGGAGAUGGUGACCCUUUAUUUCAUCCAUAUUUAAACCUUUCUAUUCCCUGCCAUAACAUCUUUUGCCACGUAUAGCUUGAAUUAAGUGUUGUCUUGGAGCUGUUGUACAUUUAAGAAUAAACUUUUGUAAAAAAAAAAAAAAAAA